AUGCGCCUCGGUCCCGGCCGGGUCGCGCCGAUCCGCGGGCCGGGCUCGCGCGAGUGGCGUCCGGCGGGGGCGCGCGCAGGAUCCCGGGCCGCGACGCGACGCGGGGCAGCCGGCGAGGUCCCGCCGCGGAGGCCGCCGGGCCGGUGUCCCGGGAGGAAGCGCCGGGGCCGGGGCCGCUGUCCCGCGCACGGCUCGCCCGCCAUGGAGCUGGGCCCGCCGGCGGCCGCCUUCUGCGCCCCCCACGAGCCGCCGGGCGAGGACUGGCCCCGCUCGGGCGCGGCCGGCGAGGACCCUUGGAAGAAGUUCGAGGCGCUGCUGCCCAGCCCGCCCCCCUCGCCCCUGCCGGGCCUCGCCGCCGCGGACGACGGCCUGCCGGAGCCCGGGGGGCUGCCGGGCAACCGCGGCGCCGUCGUGCUGCGGGACUGCAUGUGGAGCGGCCUCUCGGGCCGCGAGCGCUGCGGCAGAGCCCCGGGCGAGCCGCUGGAAGCUGGGCUGGGCGGCCGGUGUGUGGCCCCGGGCGCCGUCUUCGCGUGGCCGGCCGGCGGGGCCACGGCGGCGGACAGCAAGAUCCGCGCCUCGUCCGGCUCGGACAGCCAGAGCGACUCCGAAGGAGAGGAAAUUGAUGUAGUGACUGUGGAGAAGCGGCAGGCACUCAGCGUGAGGAAGCCGGUCACCAUCACGGUCCGGGCAGCCCCCUCGGAUCCCUGCACAAAGCACUUUCACCUAUCCAUCCACCAGCAGCAGCACAACUAUGCUGCCCGCUCCCCUUCGGAGGUCCGUCCCCAGGAGGGGCCCUUGGAGAAAGGCACCCAGCGGGACGCAGAGGAGGAGGAGGAGGGCAGUGGUGCUGAUGCCCACAGCAAUGGCAGUGCACAGUCGCUGGGGCGAGUGGUGGAGAGCUUCUCUCUGGAACCUGUCCUCCCAAAAGCUGGGAGUGCCCCCAGCUCCGAUACCGAGGAUGUGAGCAAGCGGAGGAACCAUAACUACCUGGAGCGCAAGCGGCGCAAUGACCUUCGCUCCCGUUUCCUGGCACUGCGGGACCAGGUGCCUGGCCUCGCCGCCUGCCCCAAAACCCCCAAGGUGGUCAUUCUGAGCAAAGCAUCGGAGUACCUGCAGUCCCUGCUUUCUGCGGAACAGCAGAUGGUGGCAGAGAAGCAGCUGCUGAAAUUGCAUCGGCUGCAGCUGCUGAAACAGAUUUCACACCUGAAGGGUGUGCGUUAG